AUGGAGCGUCUCCGACGGUCUCGUCGAGAAUCGGUCGAGGCGGCUGUUACUCAGGUCUUCGACUCGGUGAAUGACUGGUAUGCUCCUCGCCUCCAUCGCUUGUCGGAUUCGUCGCGCAGCGGGACGUGGUUGAAGCCGCUGUGGGGAGGAGGCAAGUCGACGAAGCUCUCCUUGACUUUCGUGAAGAAGAUCCGGGGAGUGGACCUGAACUUCGACGCGAUGGAGGAGAAGCUCGCGGCCAAGCUGGCGAAGAGUAUCGCGGAUGGGGAUGCGAUUGACGAAGUUGUUAUCGAUGAUGAUGACUUCGCUCCGCCUAACAGCCUUAAACGGCUGGUGCUGCCGGGAUCUCCUUCUCGUCGAGACGGUGAUGGUGCUAUCCGGGUGCGGGACCCUCUACUUCUGGGGCCAAGUCUGCUUAGGCCCCAUUUUCAUUUGUUUUAA